AUGGAUGCUGCUUCAAAAAUAGACGUCCUCGUUGCUGCUGGGUUUAUUCCUCCCGAUAGCUCAGGCUCUGGUUCCUCUAAGAGGCGGAACUUGACCGUACCUUCGCAUGAUCGAACUCACACAUUGCCAACAGCUUCGGACCUUCCUCUAGGAGCACAGUCCCCUCUUCUAAUCGAAUUCUCUGAUAGCGAGCUUUCUAAGUUUGCUUCCAAAAUGUCACUUGCAGACGAUAUUUCUAGUCUUCCAGGUCCGCCCAGCAAAGGCGAUGGUGCCCUUCCUCCAUUUUCCACUAUCAUUCCUCGUAUCAACGAGGAGCUUCUUCGCCUUCAGAAUGAAGUUCAACAGGCCUCCACUGCGCGAGACAAGAAAGCAAUGGCUUCUCUCGCAGCCAAAGAAAAGGAAAUCGCUGAACUUCGUACCAAAAUUGAUGCUCAAAAGUCCGUGCAUAUAGAAGAAGUUCAAGCUUUGAAAAAGGAAAUCGAGAUCCGGAAGCGGGAGCUUUCCAGCAAGACUAACAUCAAUGAUACCAGCGAUGCCAAUAAAAAGAUACUUCAGGAGACAUUUGAGGCUUUCAAAAAGACUGAUGAAGCUAGAGAACAAUUUAUCGAUUAUCUGAAUGGGGAACUGCAAGAAUACCGACGAGGACCACGACAUCAGACCUAUCAAACUGGACCUCAUGGUGGCCCACGGGAGAACAAAAUGGCCAAAGAUAUGAACGCUUUAGAGCAGCGACACAAAAUCACACGAGAUGCCUUCUUUGAACAUAUGACUAAAACAGUUAUUUUCCAAAAUUCAAAGGACGCUACCGUCCUGGAUCUCGAACUAAAGCUCAGAACCUCCCAAAAUCAUAUCGAGAAUCUGAAACGACAAUCUUCUCUCGCCCAGAAGUUGGGGGGUGAGAUCGAUUCCCUCAAGAAAACAAACGCCACCGUUGAGGGCAACCUUGACGAUGCUAUUGCUGUGAACUUACACCUAACCCAUGAGCUCGAAACCUUUCAAGCGGAGAAUGCCGACCUCAAGAGCAAGCUCGCUGUCUUCGAGACGGAGAAUGCAAAGCUCAAAGACAAACUACAAGACAACACGGAAAAAUUGCAAAGGAGCUUGGAAAAGAUAAUCAAGUUGGAGAAAGAGCGAAAAACUUCCAGUAAUGUUCUUCACCGCCGUGGUUUACAUGCAGAAGUCAUGCAAAAUACGAUCGAGAAUCUCGAAGCCGAUAAGCACCGAUUAGAGCGUGCUGCUGCUGCUCGCGCCAAGUUCGAUAAUCAGCAGAAUACUAACGAAAAUAAUGCUCCUGGGCUCCGUCCUAGUGCCACGCCGCUCUCGCCUUCCAAAAUUCAAAAUACAGAUCCUAGCGAAGGGAAGGACUGUGCAGUGAAAAUUUGA